CCGGAGUUAAAACGGAUUCAGCCAUGCAGAUGAAACUUUUGUUGAUCAGCUGUUUCCUUCUUGGAGCCUGCACAGCCUCUUACCUGGCGGAAAAGCGGGAAGGUAUUGGAUCAAAAUUAUGAGAGCAUGAUUAUUUUUAUUAGACCAUUCAUUCCUUUUUCCAUCAGUCCAGUGGUGUUACUUUCACUAAGUACUCUUUUUUUCCUUCCCUAGAUGCUCCUCUGAGUGAGGAUACAGGUCAGUUUAAGAAGUUACUUAGUUACUUUUUGAAGCCUGAUUAAAAAAAAGUUUUACCAAAAAACAUAAGAAUACUCAUAAGAAUUAUCUUCAAUACAGUUCUCACGAACGUGGAUAAGAAAGCAACUCUAAGUCUCCAGCGUACUUUGAUUUUCACAUUUAAUCGAUUUUUUUUUUACUUUCCUUUUCCCCAUAAAAUAGCCCAAGAAGUUGAAGAUCUGAAUGACGAAGACUUCGGGACUGCCUCUGAUAAAUUUGACAGAGAGAAUGACGAGGAGCCGGAAAAUGAAGAUGAAGCCUUUGAAGAAUUAAGAGAUGAAGAAAACGAGAUGGAUACUAAGGAAUUAGAAGAAAUGAACGAUGAAGACGAAGAGACAGGCAAGAGUUGAUCAUUAAAUUUCGUUAACGAGAAAACCGAGUUCUGUCUCCGCUUCGGAGAUGAGAUCCAAGUUAUAAUGUCAAUGGAGAGAGUUUGGAAUUUUUCUACUCAUCGGGAAGAAACUCGUGAAAGAAUCGUGCAGGAUAAACAGGGGUAACUUUAAUUGUCAUUUUCUGCAUCAACCAGGUUUUUUAAGCAGGUUUUGGUUGACAACAGUUGAAAGUUGGUAUGAAAGGUAGUAUGGGAAGGAACAAAAGCUGACUCUUGCGAGAUUUAUAUUUCAAUCGCAAAAUACGAAUCAAGGAAAAGAAAACUGCUCGCUACACUGAUUAUACCGAAAGGAUCCGUAUAACGCCUGAAUUUGUCUUAUCAUAGGGAUUACUGGGCGAUUUACUUCCUUGGAAACAAAGAAAAAUUACGUAGGACAUGAUGACACAAUUAUCAAUGAGGUAAACUGUGAGAAAAGCACUUUCUAACCAGAUGUUAUGAUUUUUGUUCCAUCAGAUGAAGAUGAAGUUUCUGAGGAUCCAAGACCGGUGCCAAGAAAGUCAAAAAAGAAAUAUGGUAAAGUUAUUCAACAUUUCUUGAUAUUACAUCUUGAUCUUAUAUCUUGAUUUUUGAUCCAUGAAACGUUCUUGCUCGCGCACGAUUUGUAUUCGGUCAGGCGGCCGAAUAUCCCCCAGCUAAAACUGGGACAUAGUCAAGGCUAUCACCCAACUGAUAGGCUUUAAUUCAAGAAGAUAUAGCAGAAAAUGGGAAUUAUUCGUUUGUUCAUAAAAUCGUACUGGAGAACGCUCAAAAGAAAACAUCCGACGCGCGCUGCAAAAUGUUUGAAGGAUAAUAAUUACAAAGGCUCUAUUUUACACGAAAAUGCACUCGUGUAUUUGUCCUUCGAAGCAGAUUUCGCAUCUUCGAACAGAUAAUGUCGGAGGAUAAAUGUUCCUGUAUAUUUUUACGUCAAAUAGAGGCUAUUGUUUCCACCUUGCCAAGAUAUAAUUAAAGCAACAUCAUUAUUACAUCACACAAUUAUUUCGUUAAAUUUGGAAGAAAUCUUAAUGAAUGGGCCUUUUGUCUGAUUCUGAGAUUUUUAUGUUCGAUAAUCCAUUGUUUGAUAUUAAUGGUCUAGAGUAUUUUUUUUCGUAAUUAUUUUAGGUUAUUUGUAUGGGAAAGGAAAAGGCUACCGCAAGUACCGUAAAGGACCCUACCGAAAAAAACUUAGGAAAAGCUACCGCAAAGCCUACCGUAAAUAUCGUGGCCGAAAGGGUUACUACCCGAAAAAAGGAAAAGGUUACGGCUACCGCUACGGCUACCGCCACCCCUACUAGCCCUACGGUCGUUAGAAUGGUGAGUCUUUCACAAAUAUCGAUUAAAGAUUGCUACAAGCUUGUAAUCGCGCUGAAAAUUGAAGGCAUUUUUUAAACAAGAAAUGCAUGUACUGGUCGUUGUUCAGUUGUCUCUCUGAUACUUGUAACAUGCCAUAGAUAAUUACGCUUGUCCCAACUGGCCUCACUACUCACUAAAGUAACUUUAGAAAGGACACUUUCUCAUUUUCUUUUCGCUAUUUCAGGUUAGGCGAAAAUGAUUAGACUGGACCAAGACCCACGCAAGAUGAAUAAAGUUGC